UGGACCCUCCGACUCUGGCCUGAUCUUAGUGCAACUACUGUAGCCGCCCAGACAAUGGCACCCGAGCUCUGGCUACUUUCUUUGGUGGCAGUCGUUACCACUUUUGUGAUAAUCACGUUCAUAGUAAGCGUUUGUCCUUUUACCGUGAAGCUUCUGAUUUUCAUAUAUUUGUCUACGGAUCCGUACCCAAACAUGCGCCGCGACCAUGUAGAGGAGUGUUUUCUCGAGCCCUCAACUUCCGAGUAUAUCAAGCUACCAGUCGGUCUCACCGAGCGUCCCAAGCUCGAACUUUCCAUAAUCGUUCCCGCGUACAAUGAGACUUCUCGUCUCCCGAAAAUGCUCGACGAAGCUUUGGAAUAUUUGAACAAGCGCAAGGAACACAACCCAAAAUUUUCGUUCGAGAUCAUUGUAGUGGACGACGGAAGUGCAGAUGCUACAGCUGAGGUUGCACUGAAAUACUCAAAAGCUCACGGUACUGACAAAGUUCGUGUUGUCAAACUCCUCAGGAACCGUGGAAAGGGUGCUGCAGUUCGCUUCGGCAUGCUAUCGGCUCGUGGCCGAAUGUUACUAUUUGCGGACGCGGAUGGAGCGACCCGAUUCUCGGACGUGGAAAAACUUGAGGAUGCGCUAUCUGCGGCUGUCGCCAGACGUUGGAAUGGCAGCAUGUCCAUUAUUUGCGGAUCCAGGGCCCACUUGGAAGCGGAAGCAAUCGUGAAGCGCCACCCACUGCGCAACCUACUGAUGUAUGGGUUCAAAUUUUGUGUGUGGCUUCUGUGUGUACGUGGCAUACGUGACACUCAAUGUGGGUUUAAACUGUUCAGUCGAUCGGCCGCUCGCCUGCUGUUCCAUAAUCUGCACGUGGACCGAUGGGCGUUCGAUGUUGAUCUUCUCUAUUUGGCUCGUUAUUUCGAUAUGGAGAUUGUUGAAGUUCCUGUUAACUGGCACGAAGUGGAUGAUGGCGAACGUUCGGUUGUGCGAAGAGGCUUAUUGUUGGGUGGAAUUCGGCAUCGACACCGUUUACCGCUCAAGGGAACUGCCUCGUCUAUGGCCCCGUUCCACACGCGAUUGGCCAAAGGAGCAGAUCGUCUGACAGUCCGGCAUCAAGGCUGGCUCUGA